UAGAAAAGUCUUGUUCUUGAUCAAGAGACUUGAGCGCAUUUUUUGUCUCACUUUUUUUGAUUUACAAAUUAUCUGCUACAAAGUACAGAUGAUUGCUUUAAAUCGUCAUUUAGGUGAGUCCACAGAUUGAUCAAAUUUUCAAAAGCUCGACUAUUCCCUGUCAAAUUUUCUACAAAAAUAAAACAACCAAAAAUUCUAUUUUCAUUUAUCACACAAUAUCAAAUAAAGUUAAAAUGUGUUCAGUAAGCUUAUCAUAAAAAGUGAAAUUAUCAUUCGAUAACGCAUUAAUACAAGUGAAAAAUUGAUUGCAAAAAUUUGUAUUUCUCAUGGAUUAGGAAAUAAAAGCUUAAAAGGUUCUAGGAAUCAAAAAAAAUUCUAGAAAUCUUCAACCAGGUAUGAAGAGCUUCACAAGUUGCACUGUUUUGAAAACAAAUUGAAUAAUUAUAGUAUUAAAACACUGGUACAACCACAAUGGUUUAAGAUUCGACAAUAGCAAAGCUAUUAAAACAGAUCCAAAACGAGAGAACAAAGUGCAGCAUAAGGUAGCAUUUCGAAAGCUUGUUUUAAGAAAUGCGCUAAAAAUACGCGAUUGAAUUGUGAAAAUUUUAAUAAAAUUAAAUAAAUCUGUAAUAUUACUGAUUAAAUCUUUGUAAAAACAAUAAUUUAGUUUAAAAGGUGAUACUUGUUAUGUCCUAGAUAAGCUUUAAAUUGUAUAGAUUAUCAAAAAAAUGUAAUUUUUAUAAUAGUCAAGCCAUUGAUUUUUUCAUAAAACAGUUAAUAUAGUGAAAAAGCGUAUAAUCACACAGCUAACAGUACUUUUGUUUAUUAUUAGUGAAUAUUUGAGAUAAUUAGAAGCAAAAGGUAGAUAAGAAAUUCAUGAAUUUUAUCGAAAUCCAAACAUGGCCAGAAGUACCCCAAAUUGCAUUCUUUUCGUCAUUAUUCAGUCGAUCAUUUAAUUUACCAGAAUUUGACAUCGAGGAUUUGGAGGAAGCAUUUUUAUUGGAUAGCUUAGAGAAUAACUCCGUCGCUGAUUACAGAUCAGUUGGACUUGCAAAUCCUCGAUUAGUACCAGAAUUGAUUGUUUCGUUACUUAAAGGAUGCGAUUUAGUCAAGAAGCAAUGGCCCAAUAUAACAACAAGUAAUUAUCAAAUGUUUUUGAGAAGAGUUCUCCGUCAUAAAUGUGAAGAGCAUAAUAUUGAGAAUCCUUUUAAUACUGAUGUUGAUUUCCAUUCAUUACCGUUACGCACAAAGGUUGUCAUUUUAAAUUAUUUAUGUGAAUUUCGUUUGGAUUCUGCUGAUGUUGAUCCUGUAACAAGUAAAUUUGAAUCAGACAGUCUUCGAAUUAAGCCCCUUGGUUUCGAUUCUAAUCAUUCUACUUAUUGGUAUUUUUAUGGAACUCGUUUGUACAGAGAAGACAUUCAAAAGUCGAAAGCAAAUAGUUCAGAACAUAUAUGGCAAGUGAUUUGUUUUACUGAAGACGAUUGGCACAAUUUAGCAAACAAACUCAAAAGUUCAAAAUCUCGAAAGGAACAAAAUUUAUACAAGUGCCUUGUUGAAGAUUUUUUACCAAGCAUUCCAUUUUUAUUCAAAGCUAAGGAAGCUGAGCGCCGAAGACGUUUGUUUCAAAGACGUUCGUCAUUGCGAGUCAAAAGUCUGUUGGAACAACAGAAAUCUAAAAAUCAGGUGGAUGAGGACGAAGAAAACGAAGCCAUUGAUUUAACAGACGAAUCCAAAUAUAGGCUUAAUUAUUCGGAGAAAUUUUUGAUUAAGAAAAAGAAGGAUCAAGAAACGAGAGAGAAAUAUCGCGAGAAAGUGCAACAGGAUCGUGCAGUUAGAGCUCAACGACGAUGCUCCUAUGAGUCAUCCUCGUCUUCUACUAGUGGAAAAACUACUUCUAAUGAUAAUAAUCAUAGUACUGUGCUAAAUUCCAAAAGUGAUGAGCUUUCCUCAUUGUUAACUACUUCUAAUCAAAACAUUUCUCGAUCAAAUAAAGAAAAUAUUUUCACUAGAUUAAAUUCUCAUAACGUAUUUACAAAUACGGAUAAAGACGAUUCUUCUAUUGCAAAAAUGCCUCCAGUAACUACAAAAUUACCUGGUCGACAGACUAAUAACUCUUUGUCUUCUAUGACUGGCAAUAUUAUGAUUGAAACACCAAUAAUACCAACACCUCCGCAACCCCAAAUAGCAACUAUAACAACAAAAAUCCCAACCGCCACUUCUACACAAAGUUCUAAUUCAUCAUCCUCGACCACGAGUUCGCGUAAAAAGAAGAUUAAACCCGAAUCGUAUUUGGAAACAGACGAAGUUUUACAAAUUGGAAUGCAUAAAGUUUUACAAUAUGUGAAAAAUCAUGACGAUGCUUGGCCAUUUAUGGAUCCCGUCGAGGAAGAAAUUGCACCAAGAUAUUAUUCUAUAAUUAAACGACCAAUGGAUCUCCUGAAGAUGGAGGAGAAGCUUGACGAUGGAGAGUAUUUAACUUAUACAGACUUCCGAACAGAUUUCAAGCUGAUAGUAAACAAUUGUAGACUGUACAAUGGACAAAAUAAUGAAUAUACUCAGAUGGUAAAUAAUUUACAAAUUGCUUUCGAUCGAGCAACAAAGAAAUAUUUUGAUCAAAGCUCAUCUGACGAGGAGCAGGUACUAUUGGAAUAUCCGCCAGUAACGGAAUUAAAUAAUAAGGCAAAAAGAAAGAUUCAAACUUCAGAUGAGAAUUUAUCAAAGAAUGAUGAGAUUAAGCACACAAAAUAUAGUAAGAAAGAGACAGUAUCAAAUAGUGUUGUAAGUGAAAAGAAAAGUGCAAAAAAGAUUGAGGAAAAAGUGAACAAAAAACAUAAAAAUGCUUUAAGUAAACUUGAAAGCUCUUCUAAAAACACUAAACGAAAAAAGGACAAAGAUAAAGAUAAAAAGGAUAAAAAUCAUAAAGUGAUCGUGGAAAACUCUGAAAACGAUGAAGAUAUAGUGAAUGAAGAUAGUUUCGAUGAAGUGAAAAAUGAAAAUGUGGAAAGUAAUAAACCUAAAUGCUCGAACAAAUCAAAGAAUAAAAAGACAAAUAUUAACAAUUUUCCAAUUAAGGAAGUGAAAGUGGGUAAAAAAUAUAAUAAAAAGAAAAUCAAAACGAAAGAAAAAAUUGAAAAGAAAUUACCAAAGUCAUAUAAUAAAAAGGCAAAGAAUAAUAAGAAAAUUGGGAAUGUGAAAACGGAUGAUAUAGAAUCGGACAUAAAGAGUGAUGCAUUUAAAGAAGAUAAGGAGGAUGCAUAUAAUACAGAUUUUAGUAGUGAUGAAAGCAUUCGAGAUUUGAUUAAUGAAAGCUUUACGAAGACGAAUCAAAGUAAAAAGGAAAAGGGUCUAAAGACCAAGAAAACUCCAAAGGAAAGCACUAAAAAGGGUAUUGAGAAGAGUUCGAAACAAAUUAAAAAGAACAAACACAAAAUGUCUGCAAAUAAAAUUAAUUUAGGAUGUUUAGAUGAUGAUUUCAAUUUGCUGUUAGGAAAUAGGGAUAAGGAAAAAUCUCCAGCAUUAUUAUCGAUUGGUUCUCAUUCGAAUGACACAACUUCAUUUUCUGAUUUAAAUAAAAGCUCGACAUCAUUUGAAAUUAAAGAUAAGUUUGACCUUAUAAAGGAACGAAGGAAUCAGAAAAAUUUACUAAAAGAAAAGAAUGAUGUUAAGGCAUCAAAAAAAAGUAAGAAGGCCGUAGCAGCAGCAGCAUUAAAAGAAGCUGCAGAUUCACCUGUUGAAAUAAAACAAGAAUCACCAAUAACUAAGGAUAAACAAUCACAAAGCAAAGUUAAGAAGGAAGCAAAGGAUCUCUUUGACGAAUUACUAGAAGAUAAACAUGAUAAGGAUAGUAAUAAUAAAAAUGAUAAUAAUAAGAUAAAAUCGUCUAGUACGAACAAAGAAGAGAAAUCAAAUAAAUUAUUAUUUAAUCAGGAUAUAUCGUCUGCGACGAGUAAUGAUGGAAGUAAUAAGAAAAGAAUGAAGCAGAAAGCAACAUUGGAUGUAUUAGAUCUGGAAACAGAACAAACCUUAAAAGAUAUAAAUAAAUGGCUAGAACACACACCUCGUUUUGAAUAUAAUUCUGAAAGUAAUUCUCCAUCUCGAUACACAAUUGAUGAUAUGGAUGUGCACUUAAAAUCAGAUAAUAAUGAUUUCCGGAAACCUAUACCAUUAAUGCCUUCAUCACCACCAUCAACCUCUAAGAAAAUUCAUACAGCAACAACCGCAACAUCAGCAAACACAGCAACAUUUCAAAAUAUUGUACAAAAAAAUGAAAAAGAUCAUUUUUCAAAAGAUAUCGUCGAUAAUAAUAAUAGUAGUAGUAAUAAUAAUAGAGAUAAGGAUAAUGUGCUUGUGUCGGCUAAUUUAGCUAAUAAAAAGUUUGCAAAAGUAUCAAAGAAAAAAUUGUUAAGCGAUAAGCAUCAGAUCGUUAUGAAGACAAAAAGAGAGAUACAAAGAACAACAAAUAGAUUACAACCGGGAAAAACAAAAGGAAAUCUUUUAUGCAAUCUACAGAAUGUCAUGAAGCCAGAUGAAUUCAUCCCAUUGGGACACAAGGAAAAAGUUAAGGAUGUAAAGAAUUCAUUAAUCACCGAGACCGAUGAGAACAGCCCGAAAUUAAAUCUUGGAAAGGUCUUGGAUCCGAGCGCUUUUCAUUUUAAUAAUAGUGGAUUAGAAAAGGAGGAAUCGUUAAAUGAACAUAAUAAGAUUAUUGAUAGAAAUAGUGAUGAUGAAAAUGAGAAUAGUGAAAAGGAACAAAUUAGUAAAUGUAAGGAUGCACCUGAUGAUGAACUUUCUGAAAAUUCUCCUAAAGCAGAACCAGAAUGUUCAAAUACAAAUAUUAUUGCACCAGCGGCUUCAACGGAUAAUGCCAAACCCAAUUUAAGUGCAUGGUUUAAAGCUUUUGGUGUUUCAAAGAAGCCAAAUAAUACGGAAUCAGAUAAUAUAAAGAAAUCUGAGAUUAAGAACGAUAUUUCUUUAAUGCCACAGAGGAGAUUGAGUACUGGAAGCUCAGUUUCUGAAAUUUCAUCUGUAGAAAGUAGUCCACAUAUUAGUAUGGAAGAUAGAUCUGCACCAGCUCCAUUUCCUUCGCCGAUUGGUGCUUCACCAAUAUCCGCAAUAUCACCAAAACUCGAUGAUAUCAAUAAAUCUAAUUAUCCUGAUAAUGGUCCGAUUCGUGUGGGUUUUUAUCAAGAUACAACAUCGACAAAAUCGAGUCCAGACAAAAGUCAUAGUCCCCAAGAACAACCAUUAUCGUCGCCCUAUCAACAAUAUUCGCAACAAUCAAAUGUCUACUCGUCUCAAAGUGCAAAUGUUUAUAGUAAUUUUUAUAAUCCUGAAUCAUCAUCAAGCACUAAACAGCACCAAUCUUCAUCAAAUUCACCACUUUACUAUGAUCAAUACAAUAAGCAUUUCAAUCAAGAAACAAGCAUGCAUAAAUCGAUGAAUUCAAAUGUCGUUAGUCCUGGAUCUUCGCAUCAUAGUCAACAAUCCUCUCCAUAUCAACAGCAGCCAAAUUCUCCUUAUCCACCAACACCGGACAAUAUGAGUACUGAAAUUCACCAAACAAAUAACAAUAAUAGUAGUAAUAAUAAUACUGGAGGUGGUGGUAAUAACAUGUCAAACAUUCAAUCGCCAAGCUCGACAUAUUCUCAGUCAAAUUCACCCUUUCAUCAAAAUCCCACAUCGCCGUAUCAUUCACAAUCUCUACCGACCAAUCAAAAUAAUUUCAAUAAUCAAAUUACACCCCAAAGCAACAUGUUUGAGCAACAAGAAGUAUCUCAAUUUUCUCCAAAUCCACAACAGCCACAUAAUGCUAGUCAAAAAGCAAUAUCAAAUAACAAUUUUAAUAAUGAAAUUCGACAAACUAGUACAGCGGCUCCAAUAAUUCAUAAUACAGCACCAAUAAUGCAACAGCAACAACAUCAAAAUUUCGUUAAUCAAGCUGCAAAAGUUAAUGAAACGCCAAUGAAUGUGGCUCCACAAAUAGUACAACAACAACAACAACAGCAACAGAAUCAACAAAUCCUUUAUCCUGGAGAUACUUCAUUUUUGGCAAAUGAAUUGAGAAAUAAGAAACUUGAAACGGGAAAUGAGACAAUGUUUAGUAGUGCAGGAACACGACAAGAUGCAUCAAUAACGUACCAAGAAGAAGUUAGACGUCAAGCUGCAUUACAGCAAUCAGUCAAACAGCCAUGUAACACUACAGUGCAACACACUACACAUGAAGAGAGACAAGACAAUCCCAAAUAUCUUGACUUGUCAAAGCAAGCGAAUCGAUUUCCAAACCAAUAUCUUGCUAGUAAUUUCUCACAACCAUUGGAUUUGGAUUUUUCUAAAAACCGAUCAUAUGACACAACAUCUCGGAAUGUACAAAAACCUACUUAUCCAUCUACUUUAAGCAACUGUCAAUUACCAAACGAUACAUCAGCAAAUAAUCAAGGUAAUCAGCAGAAAUUAGCAUCAACUUCUAGCUCUCAAAUAGAUAUCGUUCCAAAAGAAAAUCCAAAACAAUCGGCCAUAAGUAAUUUCAUUCAAAAUCCAUCAAUUAUUCCUGUAAAUAAUGACCUAAUGAGUUCUCAUCAAAGUGCACGAACGGCUACGCAACCAUCGGCGAUUGACAUGAACUAUAAGCAAGCUUCACUAUUUAAUUCAUCCUCUGCAUCGUCAAUGAUGGAAUUGACUGCAUUUAUGAGAGAUUUUAGACAAGCAGAAGAUCGUUUUGCAAGCAUUUCUAAUCCCUCGACCAAUUAUUAUGAUAAGACUAACCCUGCUGCUCAUAUGUUUAAUUCAAAAAGUGUUCCACAGUCAAGUGCAACUACAAACUUCCAACAAAUUUAUUCCAAUCCAAUGACGACAAUAGCGUAUGGACGAGAGCAACAAGAUUUUUCAAACUAUCAAAGUCGAUUAAAUAUCUUCCAAGCUUCAAAUAAUACGAAUCAAAUGAUGAAUGUAAAUCAGCAAGCGGCUGUAACUGCAACGGCAAUUGAAACAAAAAGUGCUAAGAAAGGAAAAAAGAAGAAAAAUGCUCCAACAGAAAUUAUUCCUCAACAAACACCUGCAUCGUUAUCACAACAUCAAUUGCCUACAACAAAUCAGCAACAAGCACAUCAGCAGUAUGUUCAUCAACAAACAUUUCAAUCAUUUCCUGGAAUCAAAGUUCCGUCAGCUUCAAGUUCUGAUUCUUCAUCGCUCUCAAUAAAAUCCGUUGUGCCUGGAAGUGCAUUUAAUUAUGGACCACCUUCUAUUCCGGGACUCUAUGGAGAUAAUUCAGCAUAUUUGGAAGAAUUUAGAGGAUCUCAAAAUCCAUAUUAUUCAUCUGCUUUAAGAACAGCAGAAUCAAUUGAUAAAACAGUACCAAAUCCUCCUCAAGCACAUCCCACAACACCUGCAUCUCCAUAUCACCAUUUGUUACCAUCUCAUCCAUCUCGAUCCUAUCCAUUUAUGAACUCGAUAGAUCCAGCAGCUUUACAACAACAAUAUCGAAUGAUGUUUAAUCAAUCGUAUCAAGCUGGGUAUCAUUUAGGAAUGCAUCAACAACCACCGCCUCAUUGGCACAUGUAAUAAACCAUUAUUAUGAUAAAAAGAAAAGUAAUUAGAUUGCGUGUAAACAUUAAUUAUUAUAUCAAUAUUUUACUAAUUCAAACUUAAUGUUUUAACUGUAAAUAUAACACAAUUCUUUUUUGUUAACAUAUUUGUUAACAAAUAAAAAAUAGAUUAAAACUCUGUAUAGUAUAUUUCUAGAUGAAUUUUUGUUUCGAUGAUUCUUUUCAACACACAUGAUUAUUAAUCGUAAUUUUCUUUAGAGAACUACCUACAAAAAUAAAAGCAGGCAAGCGGAAAGAAGAUGAAGAAUAAAAUAAAGUAAAAUUUAGUAAAUGGGAAAUUGCAAAUAGGAAUGCACUAAGUUCACUCUUUUAGUCAAAUUAUAAUAAGAAAUUAGUUUUUAAUUCAUUAUAACUUAAAAUUGUAUUGUUAUCAUUUAAUACAUGAACUUUAUGAUUUUUUUAUUUGCAAUAUUUUCGUUAAUUUAUGUAUUAAUCACAAGAAACAAUGAUUAAAUUAAUUUGUAAUAAACUUAAAACUGCAUUUUUAAUCUUAGAGAAUUCGCUUUUACUCUUUCAGGCAUAUCUGGUUCAUUAGCAUGCGAUAUGUCAAAAAUUCACAUUUACAGACUUUAUCAACAAGUUAUUUCUUAUGAACAAGCAUAGCUAUUGUGGUUUUAGAUAACCAAUGAUUGAUGAACAACAUUUUAUUUGGUUUUUUUCCGUUUCCUUCUACAUCUCCAAAACUUUAUUGAUUAAGUCAACAUUAUCACUUAGCGAAUAAAUCAUGUGCAACGCGCAUACUUUAAAAUUCAUAUCGUGCGACUAUAAUGAGUCACGAAAUGAGCGAGCGAUAACGAUAUUUAAUUGGGCAUAUUGGAACGAAUGAAAGCUUCAGUGCUUUUAUAAUGAAAACAAGAAUAUAUUUUUUUAAAGGUAAUAAUUUUGAAUAAAUUUUGACAUUUUAUUUUCUGAUCAAUAUACAAUAAAUAUUUCAAAAUAAGAAUAAAAGAUACAUCAAUAAAAUAUAUUGAAUAAUUAAUUGAAAAAAAUGAAUGCAUUAAAACCAAUGAUGUGUAACAUUGCGUGAUUUCAAAUUCAUAACAAUUCAUAAAACUUCAAUCAUCAGUUUUAAUCAACACGUUUUUUUAUAAUAAAAUGGAUAAAAUAAAGCAUGUGCAAUUAUAGAGUCCUAUAUAAAGGAAUAAAUAUAUACUAUAAAGUUUAUUCUUUUAGUUCUUGGUUCUCUCAUCUUUCUCCCCAAUAUAAGUAUCAAAUCACCUAGCAUGUAUUUGUGAUGGGCUUUGUAAAAAAUUUAUUGACAGCAGUUCAUGAUUAUGAAAAUGAUGAAUUCCUUAAUUUCCUUUAUGCGAUGGAGGAAUUAGAUGGUCAGGUAAUACAUUUGGUAAUUCAUUCCCAUCAAGUUUAAUAUUAAUCAAAUGCAUAGAUAAAGCAAAUUCUUCAAUAUCUAAGAAUCCAUCACAAUCCACGUCGGAUAAUUUCCAUAUCUUUGAAAGAACGGAAUUAGGCAGUUUUGAUUUGAUAAGUUCACUUUUAGCGGCUAUAACAAUAAUAAUUAAAAUCAUUAAUUUAUCCACAACUAUAAAAUUUCUUGAACGUCUUACCAGCACCACUGAUCUUUCCAUUAAUCGGAUUCAAAGUUUCGAACAAUGGAUCAGUUCUAGCUCUAUCUCUAUUGCAAAUCCAGUCAACUUCGCCGAAACCAGCGUCAAUUCCUUCUCCUUUCUUAUAUCCGAAUGGAGAAAUGGUAUCUUCAAUACCAACAAAGGCACCUCCUAAAAAAUAACAAACAAUUUGAAACUCAACAAGUCACAGUCAAAAAAUAAACAAGUCAAAGGUAAGCUUACCUUUAAUUAAAGGCUCUGAUACGAGUUCCUGUUCUUCUUGUGGAAUCAUACCCAUUAAUUUGGCUAUGUCAAUAGCAAGCAUUCGAUCGACGGUUUCUAAAAGCUGAGGUUUCAACGAAUGGAACUUGGUAAAGUCUUGAUUUUGUAAAACUUCCUGCAUCUUUUUGAUGUCUGGGAAGUCACCAGGUGAAAUUUGAUGCUCUCGUUGAAGACGAUCAUAGAUAUUUCCAAUAUUCUUUAUAAGAUCCUUCUUCUUGCUCUCCUUUCCAAACAUUGCAGGCAUUUCAUUUCUCAAUUCACUUAUAAUGUAUGCAUGAACUUUUGCUAAUCUUGCACGUUUAAUUAAAUCAUUGAGUUUACGUAAAGCAGCAUUUUUUGGAAGCGAU